AUCACUAUCUUUACAAUGUUUUGGAAUGUGGUUCCCAAGUAUAAAAGACGCCAUGUUUCGUUGAGAAAAAGAACAUCGAAGAAAAAGAAAACCAGUUCAAAGGAACCCAAACGAAGAGUUCCUUCCAAGAAGCCUAAACAAGGUUUCUACUUUGAGAAUAACUCUUAUGUAGCUACCAAGAACUUACUACAAAAUGAGAAGAAUCAAGUUCCAUUGGGUGCUGUGAUACAACUUAUCAGAAAAGGAGUCUUUCAGGUGGAUCAUGUCAUAACUUUGGAACAGUUAAAGUCUGCAGGUCUAUUGAGUAGGAAGUCAAGGCAAGUUUGUUUAGUUGGGAGAUGUACAAGGAUACCUUUUCCUAUUCGAAUAGAAUGUACUUGUGUAACAUAUUCUGCUUGGAAAUGUAUUUCUGCUUGUGGAGGAGAAGUUAUUUGUUUAUUUCUAUCGCCUUUAUACUUGCAAGCAUAUUUGUUUGCCAAGGAGUGGAAUAUCUCUAAAGAUUUUGUUGGUCAAGUGAGUACAAAACAUUCGGUUUACAAAUCAUUUUUACACGAACAGGUUGUCCAAAGCCAAAAAUGGUCGAAACAAUAUCCAAAUAGAAAUGCUUUUCAUAUUCCAUUUAUUUGUUUAAAGAGAACUCAUCAGUUGAUGGCUCCAAAUGUCAUUACUUAUUCUCAACCCAUUGGUUUACAAGGUUUAGAGUUUUUACAUGAUGACUAUUGUAGAGAUAUAUUAUGGGAUGAUUGUAUAAAGCUUUCCAUAGAACGAAUCAGGUGAAUAGAUGAGAAGACGGAUAGGAUUGAACUGGAAUGUUAUUCAAAAUAAAGUUCUUUAAUCGAAU